UGAGGGAAAAAUCCCGUUGCGAAAUCAAGCACGUAUGUUGUCAUUUUCGCAACGACCCGUUGUUAUAUUUUUCAACAACGGCUGUUGGUGAAUUGUGCACGAACGUGCUCAAAUUGACACCGAGACGUGGUCAACUUUCGGUACCAACAACAGCCGUGCUUAAUUUGUCCAUUUGUAAUAUUGGUAAUUGCAGCCGAUUACACACGAGUAAAAAAUGACAACGGUGGUGCAUGAUUCACACACGGUCGUUGUCAAUAUGACACCGGUCGUGUAUGAAUUAUGCACCACCACCUGCAUAAUGAUGCACCACCGUUGUUACUUUGUACACCGACGUGCAUGAAUCGUACACGAUCGUUGCCAUUUUAGCAACUACCGUGUAUGAAUCAUGCACCACCGUUGUCAUUUUUUUUACUCGUGUGCAAUCGGCUGCAUAUUUACCAUUUUUUCCGUGUUAUUGAAAGAGAAAGGACGCAUUGUGCAAAAAAUUUAUUGAAAAUGAAUAAUAAUUCGCAAGAUCCUCAAAAUAUCAUUGGUGAGUUGUUAGAAAUCGAUGGCAAUAUUGUUGUGGUUCGCGAUACAAACCAUUGCAGCAGUCAAGAUGCGGAAAACAAUGAGGACGAUUAUAUGUUAAGGGAGUUCUUAAAAGGAAUAAAUAUGGAGUCGCUUUUUGAACAAUUAAAAGCAUCACAUGUAACAUUUCGCAGCUUGCAGUACUUGAAAAAAGAAGAUUUAAAGGAAGCAGUGCCACCAUUGGGACUGCGUGUUGAAUUCAGAGAAAAGCUCUUUGCUUGGAAAAAACGAAAGCUCGGGAUUGAUGACGAAACUAUGUCAGUUCCAUCUAAAAUAGGUGAAUGGUGGAAACGCAACGAGACACCUGCAAGUACUCCUGGUACUCCCGACACUACAGGUUCGAACUGCUCAAAAGCCAAAGGAAUUUUGUCAGAGGAUCUAACGGAAUUGUUAACACAUACCUCGAAGGGGAAACUAGCGCUUGAAUGUAGUAGCGUUAAUAAGAAAUUAAGUGACGAGCAAAGAGAUGAUAUAAUUAAUAUAAUUAUUGAAGAUAUUUUAACCAACAAUGUUACUCUUUACACUCAAGACUAUAUGCGCAUAUUGGAUGAAAUUUGUUCCGUUUUUCCUCUUGAAAACGAAAUGAGGGAUUAUUAUUACAUUUCAAGAAAAGGAAAGAACAACGCAAGCGGAAAACUUUAUGCCAAGUAUAGAAACAAGAAGUCCAAAAGAAUAAAGCUUUUGAUUUCCGAGCCUAGCACAAGCAAAGCAGCAACUCACACAUCUCCUAAUUUUUGUAACAAAGAUGUUCCCGAAAUUGAUGAAUCAGUUGAAAAUUCAUUGAAAGCUUCCUUACUAAGAGAAUGUAAUGAUUGGGGAUCGAUCUGCGAAAAAUGGAAAAGAUCUUUUAACAUACGGCAAAGAGAUAUAAAAAAUUUAAGUAGCCAUACAUUUCUCCUUGAAUGGACGAAGUUGUCCGAUGCAAGAGCUUCAGAAUUGGUCAACAUUGAUUUCGAUAUUAUGUAUCCACAGAAAGGCAAUCUUCUACUUUCUAAAUGGGACCAAUUUAAGAAAAAAAUUUACAAUUAUUAUGGGAAAAAUAUUCAUAACGAACAUUGCAAACAACUCUUCGCAAAUGUUUUGACGGCAAGCAGCAUAGAUGCUCAAGAUUAUAUAUACGCAAUACUGUUGAAUUCAGUUUUACCAUCACCUGCUAGGUUUAAAUGUGGAAACGGUAAAUUACGAAAAAAAGUAACAAUAGCUGAUUCGCAGGAAAGUUUCGUACUGCGACUACCGACAAUUAACGAUUAUAAAAGGCAAAUUGAUACAGUCACUGAAAAGUAUUACAAUGCUGGAUUAACUAUACAGCCAUUUAUAAUUGUGGAGGGUUUGUCCGAUUUCAAUAUAAAAGGUUUUUAUGUUUUUUUUAACCACAAUUUGUUAAAAUUUCAAUCGUUCCUCGAAUGUUUAGAUACAUGUUUUAAAAUUUUUCAUGCACUUUCUUUAAAAUAUCCAAAUGCCUGCCAAAUUCCAUGGAUUUUUAUCCAAAAAUAUUUUUAUGAAAUUAAUACUGUAUAUGAUAUAAAAUCAGUUAAUUUGACUUCACUUAUUAAUUUCUGCAACAAUAAUUAAAGUACAAUUCAAAAUGUAUAUUUGCUUUCGUUGCCGUAAGCAUUUUGAUAAGGCAAAUCUUUUAAUAGCUCAUUUGAAAACAGACCAUUUAAUGUCCACUAAAUUUUUAAAAGUACAAUGCGUUCAGGACAACUGUAAGCAAACAUUUACAAAAUUUACGUCAUUCAGAAUUCAUUUAGAAAAACUUCACAAGAAUCACACAAAAGCUCCACCAAUGGUUAAAGCCAUUAAUGUGCCAGUUGAAAUGUCAUCAUCAAAAGAAAAUGAUUAUACAAACAGUGAAACUGUUAUUAACAACAAUACAAUAGAAAAGGAUUUAAAUGUUUUGAAAAAGAAAACCUUAUAUCUGUCUUUACAAUUACAUGGUCAAAGCUAUAUGCCUAGAAAUCAUGUUAUAGAAAUACAACAUUCUGUUUCAAUUCUGCUUUCAUCCAUUUCAUGUACAAUUGAAAAAUAUAUAACUGAUCAUCCAAAUUAUGAAGACUUAAGGUACUUACUAAACUUUUGUAAAAAUCCUUUCGAAGAAACUAGAACGGAAUAUAGACUUUUAAAAAUUUUAAAAGAACUAAACUUUUAUGAUGAUCCAAAGGUUUAUGUAAUUAGCAAUCAAGUCUCGGAAAUUGUUAUCAGCGGAAAUCCCAGUUUAGGUCCAAAGUUAU